AAAAAAAAUCUCGCAAAGGGAAAGUGCGCUGUGACAUUCAAAGAGGAUCAUGGCUAACUUUUUCCUUAUUUUCAGUCUAACUGUUGGAAUCUUUUUUGGCAUUAUCGUGGCCUGGUACAAUAGUCAGGAAAUUCCAAAGGGAUUGCCCGACGAUCAGUUGAUGGGUCUACGAGUUUUCGGUACUGGUAUGGAUAUACUCCGCUUUCUGGCGUCUACAGCUUCAGAUAUUGGGAUCGGGGAGUCCGCAAUGGAAAAUACUAAUUUGGGACUUCAAUGGUUAUCAUCGAUGCUCCCUGAAAGUGACGAAUCAGAAAACCUCUUGGAAAUCUGGAAUGACAAGAUAGCCAACAUCCCUGUACGUUUUUAUAAACCAAAAAUUCAUGGCAGCAAAAGAACUACUGGUGUGGUUUACUUUCAUGGCGGUGGAUUUACUCUUGGAAGUGUUGAUCAGCAUCAUCCAUUUACUCUGCUGUUAGCUAAAGAGGCAAAUGUUGUACUGGUGUCUGUUGAAUACAGAUUAGCACCCAAACACACUUUCCCAACCCAGUUCCAUGACUGUUAUGUUGUUGUUAACACCUUACUGGCCACUGGAGAAAAAUAUGAUAUUGAUACAAACCGUAUUAUUGUUGCUGGAGACAGUGCUGGUGGUAAUCUAGC